AUGAAGCCACUUCCCAGCGAGAUAAUCAGUAUUAUCGUUCAUUGUUUGCGCGAAAUGAUUAACACAGACGAAGGUCAUUCAAACUGGGAUCCUAAUCCAGGCCCCGUGUGGGGUCUGAUACGAGUUUGGGAACCAUCGAACCUUGCCCAAUACUCUGUUAUUUCCCGUCAAUGGCAGAGGAGUGUGGAACCCUUUAUCUGGAAAAGGAUUUGCCUCCUGGGUCCCACGCAGGUGUUCCAUCUUUUCAGAUAUACUACAGGCGAUGACUACCGGUGUGCCAGGGUAGGUUAUAUUCGACAUAUUUUCUGGCAACCGUGUAUUGUCUUACCCGAUAAGACUGAUCCUAUAUUUCACACAAACUCCAAUCAUCCAAUAUUUGAAUGGUAUGAUAAUCAGUACCACAAUGAGCUCCGCCACUUGUUUCUGGUAUUGCAUAUUUGGGGAAAGCGAAAUCCAGGUCUCGAGCUGGUCCUCUACCACCGUAGUCCUGAAUAUAAGGCUUUCAGACCCAGUAUCCCACAAGAUUCAUCGUUGAGGGAGACUAUGUUCAGUCAUUCCAAGACACUUCCAGCUUGUCUUACAGAAAAGCACCUUGAAGACUUUCCUAGUCCUUCAUGUGUCAGAUCGAUUGAUUUGCUAGGGACGUGUGCAGAUGCUGUAUUGCUGUCAUCCUUUCGGCUGAUAUUUAAUUAUCUCCCCAAUGUGAGGCAUGCAUCAGUGCAUGAUUUGAUAUACAUACCUGAUUCUCUAGGUGAGAUUCGUCUCUUGCUAAGACAAGAAAUGAUUGAUUUCAUUCACCAUGUACCACAAUCUGUGGGGAGCCUUGAUCUUUCCGUAGAAGGCGGCCGAGAAUGGUCCCGUCGGCUACAUGAAGGCGAAGUAUACCACCGUCGACUGACCUACUUGGAUCACAAUGGGUUGGAUCUUCUGUCAAUCGGACUAAAUACCUUGAGCAUGCGGCUACGGGCACUCACCUUGAGUCAUAUGCAGAUCAGCAAGGCUCUUUUCUGGCCAUCAGCGGAAAGCAGCACCAAUGCUUCAUAUUGGCCGAAUCUCGAACAGCUUCAAGUACUCAAUAUGCCUCCAUACGACAUAGAUGGGUCGCCGUUACUUGGUCUUGAUCCUCCGCUAACACGAGAAGAUCUAUUGUUGGCAAUAGACGGAUUUUCCAACCGGCGGGAAUACAUAAAAAGCGCCAACAUGAGUGUACUCUAUCAGGCCAUAGGCGAGGCAGCGCGGCAAAUGCCGCGACUAGAUAGUGUGUGUCUCUCGCUUCUUAACUUUCGUACGGGAGAAGAGAGUCGUGAGUCUUUGAAAUUCAGCCGGGAUAAGAACGCCAGAACUGCCCGUUUAAGGAUUAAUACGCAGUGGGAAUAUAGGCUUGGGGAGGAGGUGAUCUCCGCUUGGGGGUUGGAGGGAGAUGUGGCUGAGGAGUUUCGUCGUACUAUGGAUGUUACCUUGCCGUGCUACUUUGUCAUUAUCACUGCAAAAUCCAAUGUCACCCGCAGCUUGCAGGCGUCACUGCAGGCCAAGCGGGCACCUCAAUCCCAAACCGAUUCAAUAAGCCAAAUGGUCAAACCACAAAAUGACACUCCACACCCGCCCAAGAAACCGUCGCCGGUGAAGGUAAAGGCCAAGCCGGGCACAACCACCAAGGCCAAGAAACCGCCAACUACGAAACCUACAAAGCCGAAGCCAGUACAGGGAAAGUCCAAUGGCACAGCAGCAGCAAAACCAAAGCCUGCCGUGGUCGAGCCUGUACGAAAUUUGUGGGAAGAAGCCUGGACGUCCGUCGAUGUGGGCGACGCGAAUAGGAAGCGUCUGACUCAAAAGUGGCAAAAUAGGAACAUCAAGAUAGGAAAAUUGCCCAAGGAAUAUGUAGAGGGUGUUAUGGAACUGACUAAAAGCAAACUACGCCUUCAUCAGGAGCGGUGGCCGUCAAAAUCGAAGGGGAACGCGUAUGAUCGUGCAAGUUCUAUCUUGAAAUCGAUCAUGACGGUUCAAGCGCUCGGCGAUGUGGUCGUCAAAUUCGACCCGACAGGCUAUGCGUCUAUCGCAUGGACUGUGGUUUCCUUCGGUCUGACGCUUAUCCAAAACAAUCAGGAACGGAUGCAGCGCAUUUGGGAAGCCUCCGAAUACCUUGCCGUACUCCUGGCUCGAUACUCUCGCAUCGAGGCUCAUUAUCACCGAGUCCAGGUUGCCAAUGCGACCGAAUUAGGGGACGCCAUCGUGAAUGUGUAUAUAUGUGUCCUACAGUAUGCCGCAAAAGUGAAGCAGUCGGUCACAUCGAAAAGAUUGGAUCGGAUUAUUCAAAGUUUCAAAUCGCUAACUCAGGAGCCGCUGAAAGACUUGCAGAACGCCAUUCAGGGAAGCGACGAGAUGGUGGAAAAGUGGUUUCGGCAACUGAUGGCUGAGCAGCAGCAAUCCAUGUUCGAAACCCAAGAGGAGGAGAUGAAGCAAGUCAAGAAGAUCCAGACUAUUCUAGGGGACGUUUCCAAGAGUACAUCUCUGAUCAUGAAGGGGAUUGUGAAGAUUGAUAAGACGCUUUCAGCCGAAAUUCAAACACAGCUACUUGAAUGGCUAUUCCCCAGCGAUCUAGCUGCGGCCAGCGAUGGCAAGCAUAGAAAGCUAAGGUCUGCCAUUGUAUCCAGCGAUGCUACUGAGGUAGCAGGGAGGUGGUUGCUUGAGCGCCGAGAAUAUACAAGCUGGGUGGAUAAUCCACAAUCCUUACUUUGGCUGCAUGGUGAAUCUGGAUGUGGAAAGUCGUCGUUAUGUUCGACCAUCAUCAACCAACUCGAAACGUUGUUCAAGAAAGACAAAAACAGGGUACUAUUGCGGUGGUACUUUCGUUUUGAUGAGACGGACACUACAUGCAUCGACUUGUUGUUGCGUUUUGUCUUACGACAGCUGGGAAGUAGCCUUGGGGGUUUCCCAGAAGAGAUAUCUAGUGCCUUAGUCGAGGACCGGAAGUUCGCACGCUAUCCAGACACCAAGACACUCAUCGAGUACCUGCACAGCAUCUUGUCAGUGCUUGAGCUACAGAAGGACGUCUUCAUAGUCCUAGAUGGCCUUGACGAGGUUCCAAAAGAAUCACAAGAUCGAGAACGUCACAAACUUCUCGAACUCAUUAAACGAUUGGCUCAGUCGGGACUUUCGAACCUACACAUUCUCCUGGUCAGCAAGAAUGAAGAAGAUAUACGAGAUUGCCUUCGCGGACAUCUGAAAGACAUACUUGUGGAAACUGACGUAGCGGAAGGGCUCGAAAUUGAUAUUCGCAAUUACAUUGACACGACAAUGCAGCACGGUGAUGGCAUCAGCGAUCUCCCUGUUUCCCUAAAGUCACGUAUUUGGACACGACUUACAGAAGGAGCUAAAAAGAACUUUCUCUGGGCUACAUCGUUGGUUCAGGAAAUACGCGAGUGUCGAAAGGACCCUAAGAAAAUUGAGGCAAAACUGAACGAAGUUCCGAUCAGCAUGGUAGCCAUUUAUGAGAAGCAUUUGGGCUCUGUGAACGCAAUUGAUGGAAAGUUUUUAAGAUCAAUGUUCAUAUGGCUUCUGAGACAACUACGGCCGCUUACUCAAGAGGAAAUUGCCUCUGCAGUUGGCCUUCAUGACGCUGAUGCAGUUUACGAGAUCUGUACAGGCCGGUGGGUAACCCAGUCUACGCAAACCUUAACCAUUAAUCGCAAAAGCAAGAAGUGCGACAGAGUUCUUCGGUUCGCCCAUCUCUCUGCGAAAGAGUAUCUGGAGACACAGGUUCGCCUAGGGCAGCACAGCCUUAUAUCGCAGUUCCUUUGUUCCGAGGAACAGGCUCAUUUCGAAAUUACCCAACGCUGUCUUGAUGUCCUUUUGCAAUCGCUGAAAGCUGGGGACACAGCCAGUGAGAACAGAUUCGAACUGACCCUCAGAAGUUAUGCUGCCGAGUACUGGUUUCAACAUUACCAGUUAUUCGAGAAAGCUGACGGUAUGGCCAAUGAGCGUGCCUUGCUUCAAGGGAGGAUCCGUGGGCUAUUCCGGUCUGAACAAUUCGAUAAUUGGCUGGACUGGCUUGAGCCUGGAGAUCAAUCUAUGACCGGCAAGGAUGGGGCCCAAGCCGAGAGUCGAAGACAAAGGCGUGGCUCUCGGAUACACUACGCACUUAAGCUCAAUCUCGGGCCGGUCGUCGAGGAAUUGAUUCAAACUGAUCCUAAGGACUUGAACACACGCAAUGCUGACGGGGAGACAAUACUACAAGUGGCAGUUUAUCGUGGCUAUAAGCAGAUCGUCGCGGACUUAUUGAAGCAUGUCAACGUGAACGCCGAGAAAGGUCCCCAUGGAACCGCACUAUAUGUGGCUUCCGCUCAAGGACAUCAUUCGAUAACUGAGAUGCUACUCAACUCCAAAGCGAAAGUAACCGGAACUGAAGAUGGAACGUUAGGCAAUCCUCUCCAUGUAGCAGCAUACUAUGGAAAUAAUUCUAUUGUCAGCCUGCUGCUUGCAGGUGGGCCAAAGGCGGGGAACUAUUCCGGGGGAAUCGCAGUCGACCAUAUAGCAGGAUUCUUUGGAACCGCCCUAGUGGCAGCGUCAGCAGCUGGUCAAGAGUCAACAGUGCAAAUGCUGCUUGAGCAUGGUGCCAGUCCCAAUAAGGUUGUUGGUAGACUCGGAACAGCGCUCCAGGCUGCGUGGAACGCAAGACCUGUCUCCAAGGGUAUUAUUGCAGCUCUCAAAGCUGGCGGAGCAAAGGACAAACACCAAAUCCAGAAGGCCUGGACUACAGCAUACAGGAGAAUGGAGAAGACUGACAGUUCUACUGUGGCGGCCUAUAGGAAGUUGUUCCUGCCACAGAAGUCCAUCACAAAGGAGCUUUCGCAGCGCCAGAAGCUGCUAGCUACCGCAUUGGACAAAUGGAGACGGCUUCCCUGUCUCUGGAAUCUGGAGAAUUGCCAGGCCAAUCUGGCUGCAGAUUAUCAAUUUUCUGUUCCAUUUGUUGAACAACUGGAAGACAUCAAGAGAUACAUAAGCGGAAUUCGUAUGGACAAACAUGAACUAGAAAGUGAAGACUUCCUGUACAAGGCGUUGUUCUGGGCUGGGCUGAACUACAUCAUUGAGAACAUAGGAACAUUGAUAUUGGGAUGUAUGAGAAAUCUUCUGGAGGAGUCGCAAUCGCCACAGAAGUCCUCCGUCAAUGAGUCUCCUCAGAUACCUCAAGCUUUCCUCAUUGGCCUGCCAAAGAAUGCAACCAAAGGGCUGAGUCCUUCAGAUCUCAGUGAUCUUGUUGCCAUGGACCUUGAUGUGCAGCGCGGAAGCUAUGACGAUGAGAAACUACCUGAAUCGAAAUCUGGAUCACAGCGCGUUGGUCUAAGGCCUGAGUAUCUGGCGACAGCUGAUCUUCUUUCUCUUGUCAAGGAUCUGAUUCAGCUCGGCAGCAAGUGCACAUAG